UGGAACUCUGUGGAUCACCAUUGGAGUGCCUCAGGGAUUCAGCAGCUUCAUCUCUUCCUUGGAACAAUCCAACAGUCUCUUCCACUCUUCCUCCAUUCACCAUCUCGCCCCACCCCUCGCUACAUAGCAGUGUCAGGACCUGUUACUGCCACUUCACCAUGAGUCGUCUUGCCAAUACCGUACGGGUGCCCUUCGUGACCUCUACUGGGCGUCACAGAAUACCACGUCCCCGCUGUAAUGCUGAGGUCUACCACAUACAGCACUUUGAACCCUUUGGUGGCAAGGAAGGAAAAUGGGAUCCUACAAAAUGUUCAGAUGACAUUUCCAGCCUCAACGUGGUCACAGUGGACAUGUUGCAGAAGAUCAACAAGGUGGAGCACCACACCACCAGGUACGACUCCCCCGAGCUCAUCAUACGCAGGGGACAGGAGUUCUUUGUAUCCGUGACCUUCAAUCGACCCCUGAGCCCCACCGAUAAGUUCCAGCUGGAGUUUAUGAUUGGUGCCAACCCCACAGCCAGUAAAGAAUCCAUGAUUAUAGUGCAUUUUGACGGUAGCCCCGGCGGGUCAUGGACAGGAAGGAGGGUGAGUGAGCAAGGUGCCAUGGUGAUGCUGGGCAUCACUCCAAAUCCAAAAGCGCUGGUCGGAAAGUUCCAGACCUGCGUGGCCAUCUUGAUCCCUAGUGGAAUCAUCCGGACCAAACGGGACCCCAGCACUGACCUCUACGUGCUGUUCAACGCCUGGUGCCCUGAUGAUGAAGUGUUUCUGAACAACGAUACAGACAGGAAUGAGUAUGUGCUGAAUGAUCAUGGAGUCUUAUACAUGGGAAAUGUUGAGGCUGUGUCACACAGAAUGUGGCUCUACGGUCAGUUUGAGCGUGGAGUGCUGGAAGCCUGCAUCUACAUCCUGGAUGCAUGUAAUAUGCCUAUUGACAACAGAGGCAACAGCAUCUACGUCACCAGGCAGGCAUCGGCCAUGAUUAACUCUGAGGACGAUGAUGGGGUACUAGUGGGACGAUGGGACGAAGACUAUUCUCUGGGCACGUCUCCUGAUCUGUGGACAGGCAGCACACAGAUUCUGCUGAAGUACGCCAGCACACGCACACCUGUCCGCUAUGGGCAGUGCUGGGUUUUUGCAGGAGUGUUCAACAGCUUCCUGCGCUGUCUGGGAAUCCCAUCCAGGGUCGUUACAAACUACGGCUCCGCCCAUGACAAUGACGGCAAAAUAAAGAUUGAAGUCAUCUUCCUCCCCAACGGAGAACGUGACAAAGUCACAGACUCCAUCUGGAACUACCAUUGCUGGAAUGAGGCGUACAUGAGCAGGAGUGAUCUGCCUGCAGGUCUAGGAGGCUGGCAGGUAGUAGACGCCACUCCACAGGAGACAGGCAGCGGAUAUUAUUGUUGUGGGCCAGCAUCAGUCAAGGCCGUCAAAGAGGGUCAGGUCUCUUAUCCCUUUGACAUGGAGUUUGUCCUCGCUGAGGUUGCCAGUUAUGUGGUGUUCCACAAGCUUGACAAAUAUGGAGUUUUGACCCCCUUCCACACAGACAAAACCUGUGUGGGAAAGUUGGUCCUCACCAAGUCUGUGGGCAGUGAUGAGCCAGCUGACAUCACAAAUACAUACAAGAACCCUGUUCCAGAGGAGAUUCAAAGUUUUAAAACUGGGGGUGCAAAGGGCGUCAGUUAUGAUAAACCCACCAGUGUUCCAGGAGAGGACUUGGAGAGCGACAACCCUGAGCUGCCAGGAACCACAGUGACAGCGACCAUCCUGGUCCAACAAGUCCGGCUUGAGCAGGACUUCACCUUGGCUAUUGAGUUUACCAACCUGGGGGGGGUCGAGCUCAAGAUACAGGCCAACCUGUCUGGCAGUGUGGCCUUUUAUACUGGAGUGCCGUCAGAAAAGUUCAAAGACGAAAACUUGGACGUCACCGUCAGUCCACACACGACUGUGCGUGUCUUCGUGAAUGUGUUGGCGGUGGAGUACAUGCCCAAGGUCAACUCUCAGUCCAACCUCAACUUCACUUUGGUGGGACGCACCACCGACAACCAGGAUUUCGCUACUGUGAAGGCCCUCACUCUGCAGGUCCCUACUCUCAGCAUUGAGGUGAGCGAACCCCUCCAUUUAGGUCAGGUGACAUAUGUCACAGUCUGCUUCACCAAUCCCUUUACCUUCUCUCUGGACGACGUCUCUAUCAGCUGUGAGGGAUCUGGCCUCCUGGACUUCAAAAUCAAGCAGUACAGUGUGAUAGCUCCCAAAACCACUAUCACCUGGGUCGAGUCGUGCUCUCCGAAGCGGACAGGGAAAAGUCGCCUCUGUGCCUUUCUGGACUGCAACAAGCUCAGACGUGUCAGCGGCAUCCUGGACGUUCUCAUCCUAGCCUGAUUGGUUUGGCAGGAGAAGACCCGCCUACUUGCCCCAUGACCCACCAAUCAACAGAGAGCAAGGAAUGCGAAGCCCAAGUCGCACAUGUUAUUUUUGUUGUAUUCUAUUUCCUUGGAAUGGCUCCUGCACAUUUAAUAUGCAAAAUAACUCAUUUCAGGUCACAUGUUCCCCGUUCAAAUUUAAAAGAACCUGUGGAGGCUAUAUUGAAAACUACUUUUAGGUUUUGAAAAAUAAUCUGUCUUUGAAAACAAUGCAAACCAAAUAUUUUAUCUUCAUAAAAUCUUGAUCAUUUCACAACCUAUCUGAUCAAAUGCUUGUCCUAUUAUUUUCUUUUAGAAUUUGAAAGUAAAAUAUUUAUACAGUGAAAAUUACACUCUUCUAUUUCCAAAUAUGAA